AUGGCCUCCCUCCUCCUCACCGCCUACCUCUCACUGUCAGCCGCAGCUCUUGUAAAAGGGAACGAUGAAAUAACCUGGGGAUCAGUCAUCUUCACCUACCAUGGAGAGAAAAUCCCCGCGCUGCACGAUGGUCCUUACAACCUGACCCCGCUCGGCGCAAACCAGCUUCUCCAAGCUGGACAGACGAUCCGCGAUCGGUACAUCAGUAGCCCUUCAAAUAGUAGCAUCACCGGCAGCUACCCAAUUGAUGGGCUGCAAGAGAAUGAGAUUGAUAAUGGUCAGAUGUCUGUCCUGUCCACAACCGAUGAGUAUAUCACUGCAAGUGCACUGGCUUUUAUGCAGGGCCUGUAUCCACCCAGAAGUACGGCAACUGAGGUUGUGGAUGAGGAGAGCAUUAUGGGGAAUGGAACGCUAGAGCAGUUUCCGCUAAAUGGCUAUCAGUAUCCCAAUAUUGCGAGCCUGAGCUUGUUGGAUUUCAAUUACAUUUGGCCUAAGGACCGGAAGAAAACUGUUCUAAUGCGUGCUUAUAGGCUAGCUGGCAAUAUCAACUGCACGAACUAUUCGAAUGAGCAGUACAAUAUGCUUGUAUCAUCUGAUUCGGUUUCCAGAACUGUAGCAAAUGAAGAUUUCUAUGGAGAACUCGCGCAAUCCGUUUUUAGUGGCCUUCAAUCCGACAGCGUCAACUAUGACAAUGCGUGGGACCUUUAUGAGUAUGCCCUUUACCAGAACUAUCACAAUCAGACGGUCUAUAAUUCUCUCGCCCCUUCCGAUCUUGAUAGGCUUUAUAGCCUAGCCUCGGAGCAACAGUGGUCAUACAAUACGCCAACCAGCGGAUCGUAUAUCAGCUCAAUUGCCGGUCAAACGAUGGCCUCAAAGGUCAUCCAGCAGCUCGCCACUAAUAUUGCAUCAGACGGAGUAUCCGACAAAUUGACCCUCAUGUUUGGCUCCUACGAACCAUUCCUCUCCUUCUUCGCGCUCUCAGGCCUCAGUACAGGUCCUGCAGCCGAAGCAUUCAACUCUCUCCCACAACACGGUUCCGUCAUGGCCUUUGAACUCUUCUCCAAUCCCACAGGACUGAACACUUCCGAAUCUUUUCCUACCCUAGAUGAGCUCUUCGUGCGAUUCUUCUUCCGCAAUGGUACAAAUAGUACAGACACCGAGCACUCGCUGACGCAGUAUUCUCUUUUUGGCCGAGGAAACGAGGAAAACGACAUGAGCUGGACGGACUUCGUGGACGGCAUGUCGGAUAUCGCUCUCUAUAAAAUCGAGGAUUGGUGUACGUCUUGCGGCGCUGUCAAUAUGUUCUGCGAGGCUAUCGAAACGAAUACCUCGGAAUCCACCGACCAGGAAACCACCAGCAGUACCGCCCACAAGAACAGUCUCUCGCCAGCCAUUGCUGGUGUUGUGGGAGCCGCUGUCACUCUUGCCGUGGGCAUCAUUGCCGGGAUUGUUCUGUGCUUGUUUGGCUUCCGUGUCGAUUACCGCGAGCGAAAACCGAAUACCAACGCUGGGGACCUAGGUGUCGUGCGGAGAAGCGGCAGUGGGAUCGGGGGCUUCAAGGGCGCGGAAAAACUUGCUAGUGACACUGAUUUAAGAUUGAAGGGGGGAGCGGGAGCGGGCGCAAGUGUCAUCAGACACGAGCGAGUGGGAAGCUGGGAGCUGAAUGAGGCUGCGAAGACCGGUGGAGGUGGGAAGCAUUCUAGCCUCGACAAGGAGAUUGGGGGUGUGAGAGCGGCGAACUACAGACGUCCGAGCGAGGAUAGUAUUGGGCAUGAGAAUCCAUUUGGAGAUCCCGUGAAGCCUUUGGACCAGGUGUAG